UUCAGCACGUCAGCUGUUCCUUGAAGGAAGCUGAUCCUGUUGCCCACGCAACAAGCACAGGCACACCUCCCUGCUAAGCUCCUUGUAUUAUUAUUGUUUUCCCAAACACCGGGAAAAGGAACACCUGCUUGGAAAUGGAAACCAGAGAUCCUACUGGAAAAGAAAGUGCCGGGGUCAGGAAAAAGAACCUUACUUUCCUGAAGCAGAGAUUGUACAUGCUGGAGAGGAGGAAGACGGACACGGUGGUGGAGAGCAGCGUUGCAGGAGACCUCAACAGCAGCUCUGCACCUUUGAGGAGGAGCCAGUCAGAUAGGAGUGAAUACAACCUGAAAUUGCAAGAAAAGAUGGCGCCCCACUCAGGAUCUGUAGGACCAGUUGGUUUACCCCUGGAAACUGAAGAACAACUGAUUAAGCGAAUGAUGGCCAGAAGGCAAAAGAUAAUUGCAGAAAUACUCCAAACAGAAAGAGAUUAUCUUGGUGAUCUGGAACUCUGCAUCAGAAUAGUGGUUGAGCCCUUGAAAAAAAGGCAGAUUGCGCGACUUGAUGUGGACAGCUUAUUCAGCAACAUUGAAUCGGUCCAUGAAAUAUCAUCCAAACUGUUGUCAUUGUUGGAAGAAGCAACUUCAGAUGUGGAACCAGCCAUGCAAGAAAUUGGUCAAGUGUUCCUACAGAUUAAAGAUGUACUAGAAGAAGCAUACAAAAUCUACUGUUACCACCACGAUGAUGCUCACCUUCUUCUGGAAUUCUAUGAAAAGGACGAGGAAUUGAAACAGUGUAUAAAAGACUGUCUACAGUCCUUGAAAAAGAUCUAUGAAGAAGGGGGGAAACCAAAUCUUCUAGAUAUGGGAUCUCUGAUGAUCAAGCCAAUACAACGUGUAAUGAAGUACCCUUUGUUAUUGUGUGAGCUCUUAAAUGCCACCCCUAGGUCUCACCCCGACCACAAAGCCUUGCAGGAUGCCUUGGUUGCUAUGAAAGAGAUGAAUAUGAAUAUAAAUGAACUUAAAAGGAGAAAGGAUAUAGUGCUUAAGUAUAAGAAGAAUGAUGAAGAUGAAUCUUUGAAGGAUAAAUUUUCAAGGUUAAAUAUUCACUCAAUUAGUAAAAAGUCCAAGAGAGUGACCGGUCACCUGAAGAUUCUGACAGGAGGAGAGCCUCAGGUGAAAGAUGAAGUUUUUAAUAAAGAGGAGAAGUUAUUCAAAAGCUUAGAAAAGACAGUCAAACUAUGUGUGAAGAACAUUCCAUUGUCUCUUCAGCAUUUAGAAGACUCUGUAUUUCUCGGAGCACAGUGUAUAACUGAUCUUCAGGAUCUGCUACAUGAGAAUGAAGAUGGAGCAAACAGCUCUUCAGACGCAUUGAUUAAUACUGGGCAUCCCAGCAAACUGUUUCUGAAUCAAGUAGAGAAGUUGGUGUUGACGCCACUAACUGCCCUGCAGACUCUCUUCCUCGGCCCCCAGAAGCUUAUCCAAAAGCGUUAUGACAAACUUCUGGAUUAUAACAGCUUGUAUCAAAAGGCUUCAGGGGAUGAUACUGAUCUGGCCAGGAAAGAAUACGAGGCCCUAAAUGCACAGCUGGUGGAGGAGCUCCAGCGAUUCAAUGAAGCAGCAAAGAAAAUUGUAACCAGUUGCCUAUGUUGUCUCAUCACUCUCCUGAAAGACAUGAUGUCAUCGGCAUCACAAUCCUUUUCAACCAACGAAUCCCAACUACUAGCAAUUAAACCGGAGAAAACUUCUCCAACUAUCAGUGAAAUACAUGACCAGGUUCUUGAAGAUGUUCACAAUUUGAAUUGUAUCAAGGAAAACCACUGUGCAACUUUUAUUGAAAGAAAGCUGAGUUUUGAAAAAAAGAGGCCUGUCUCUCUCCAGCCUGAAUUUCCCCGUCAGAAAGAAGUCCACCGGUUAAUGCUAUUUUCUAUGUACAAUGUGGACUUGCUAUACCAAGCCAAGCGUAACUGCAAUGCUACACAGGAGUUGGAUAUUGAUCUUUAUGAAGGAGAUGUGGUGGCUGUCAUAGACCAAAAGGACCCUUUUGGCUGUACAGGCAGGUGGCUUGUUGAUACUGGAAUUCUAAAAGGAUACGUUUAUUCUUCCUUCCUGAAACCCUAUAAACCAGCCAAGGCACAAAAAAAUCCUGGGGAAAACGAUUUCUGUGAUGGUGACUUUGAUAACAUCAGCCUUUUUGUCUCUUCACGAUCACUGGAUGACAACAUUACAAAACCCACAGGACACAAAAGAAGUGGCAGUGACUCUUCCUAUAAUAGCCUUUGUGAAAAAGAAUCUGCGAAUAGCUCAGAAUUGGAGAGCUUUUAUGAAACAGAUGAGCAACAGACUUUCUAUGCUGUUCAUGCAUUUCAAGCAAGGAGUAAGCAGGAACUCAGUCUUCACGAAUAUCAGCGAGUUCAAAUCCUUUGUUUUUCGGACCUGAGUGGCAAUAAAGAAUGGUGGUUAGCUGAAGCCGAAGGACAAAAAGGAUACGUACCAGCUAAUUAUCUUGGGAAGAUGACAUACACGUAAAUACCAGAUUUAGUUUACGGAAUAAAUUCAGAAAGCCAGAAGACUUUUAUUGCGAUAUUUUCACCCGUGAAUUUCUGUGCCUUAAAAAAUGCAAUAAGCUAAGAGCUUCUAAAAACCGGAAUUGAAGUACUUGUGAAGAAGAGUUUUUGAUAGAAUGCGUAUACUCGCUUUUAAACUUUUGUCACACUGGACUGAACAAGAACUCUUGUAACGCCUUCCACAGAUUUCUGAGACAUUUAAUGAUAUUGAACUAAUCUGCUGAACCAGGGGUCCCCAACCUCCGGGCCAUGGUCUAUUUGAAACCGAGCCUUGCGAACGCUCAAUUGUGCAAGUAGAGUUGUGCAUGUGCACCUGUGUGCCAGCACAUUGCUCAUGUAAGUUGAGCUGUGUGUGCAUGUUAGGCCACUGCUUGUGUGACCCAGUUUCCUUCCCCCCCCCAAGCCGCAAAGGUUGGGGAUCGCGACAAACACGACAAAGAUCUCAUGACAUAAUAAUCUAGUUGGUCCCUUGGGGGCCACAACAUGUCUUGUUGAUCUUGGUUGCAAAAGCCUAAUACAAGUAAUCCAACUAUGCCAGCUAUAAAAUUCAGAGUUUGACUUUUGUAGAUUUGUGAAUGAAUCAAAGAUGGGCAAGGAGAACCCUAUAUCGUCCAAGAAUGUUCUCAGGUUUCUAAAUACUCUUAAAAACAGUUUAGACUCAGGAAUAAGGAACUGAAGUGGUACAGAGGAGUUGAGAAAAUUCACCGGAGAUUACUUGCACAUGGAAGUGCGUUUUUGGUUAUGUAAGACAUGUCUAGAUCCAAGCUUAUAAAGAUUUCAAGAACUGAAUGCACUUUUUGCUGAUCUUUCAAUAGAAUAUUAGUUCUUAAUCUCAGAUUAAGAACUGUAAUCUCAGAACUGUAAUUCUGAUGAAAAUGCUUCCUGAAACGUAUUUUAAGUGACAGCGGUUAGCCUCAGUGGAGAGAUAAAUGCAGUUUUGUAUACACUCACCAGGAAUUAUGCUCUAUCAAUUCUAAUGGGAGCCAUUUCUUGUUUCAGAACUGUUUUUUAAGGAUAAAUCCAGUGGUGGGUUGCAGGUGGUACGCCCUGGUACCGGCGUACCGGAGCCUGCCCAGAGCACCGGACACCGU